CUUGUCCUAAUUUAAGUCACCCAAACCAAUACACAAAAGAACAUUCUUGUGGAUUGUGCAAGUUCCAAUUGACCAGCAUGGACGAACUACUACGUCACUGCCUUCAAGAAUUGGCCUUCGAUGGUGACCUAGGAUGCAACGCUUUCCGUUUGCGCGACUUUGUUCAGGACUUCUAUUCGUCUCGAAGUUCUAUGCAGCAGAACUUGGAUGACUCUUACCACGCAUUUGUCUGGACGCUGGUUUCGCAGCACCCGUCUGUCCGAGUUGGUAUAGUCCCGGAUGACCAGAACGUUGAGGUCAAAAUACCUCCACAGCCAAGAGUUUCGAAGAAAGGGAAGAGUACCCAGAAUGACGCGCAAACUGAGGGUUUGCCAGCAGCCUCACUUGAGACGAUUCCAGGCGCGAAUAUGCGCUCAUUGGACGAGCUUGUCAGAGAAUACGGGGAAAGGCUUAGGAUUGCUGUUGACCCGGAGAUGUGCUUUGUUGCGGUGACUGGCUCUCAUGCGAGGCCUGCCAAGCUAACUCCAAUGGUAUACGCUUCCCUACAAUUAAUAGCCCGUGCCCGUGAAGCUGGAAUUAGUGUCCUCGAGCUUGGCAGGACUACUGGUUAUGACCAAAAGACCUGCUUCUAUGUUGUGAAGCAACUCCGUGAUCUAGAUCUCAUUGUGAAGCUCAGACGCGGCGGGAACAGCCAGAACUUUUGUGUGCACAAGUACGUUUUUGAUCGUAGUUCAGCUUGGAAGAAUGUCCGGGAAGAAGAGUUGCGCGCUCAAGAAGAGUCAGCUGAAGCCGACAGGCAGGACAGCAAUAUAACAGGAGCAGGAACUGGGUCUCUUCAACUUCCGCAUUUCGACCCAAUCGACACUAGACAUUUGACAAGUCUUAACAUUCUGCGGCAACGGCUUACUAAACUCCUGAAGCAUUCACUCAACUACACCCAACCGUAUGCCAAUAUUUCCAUGAAAAUCGGUUUCCGCCCGCGGUCUCGGACAGACAGGCGAUUCUUUAUUGCUCGAUUGAAAGAGCUAAUAAAUGAGGGGGCGAUUGAGAAGUUCUUUAUGACGAGCCAGAACCCCGACACUACACAGAACAAGCAGCUGUACAUUCGAUUAGCUCCUUCAGAUCGAGCUGGCAGUGUAGCUGCUUCUGAAAAGGGUGUCAAGAUUGCAGAUGAGGAGGAGGAUAUGAUAGACAAUCUGGUGACUGACGACGGACCUGAACAGGCACAAGUGAAAUGUACUUUGACACUUCAUAGGCAAAUCCUUGACGCUCUCCAAGAGUCUGGAACGACUGGUGCCACUUUAAGCGAUUUAUGUGACCAGCUUGGAUCGUUUGACAAGAGAACAUUAGAACUUCUUGUCUCACGUAUGGAACGUCAGGCGCCUCCACCGCAUUUGGCAGAUUUGAGUAUAGUCCAGGUCCUCGAAACGCAUGGGAGGGAACGGCGAUACCGAGUCUUCGUCCUAAGUGCUUAUUCUGAGCUCGUAACCCGCGAAGGAUUUGAAACCCCGUCAACUCCCUACUCACUCGAAGACUUAUCUAAGGCAGGCGGGUUCUUGGAAACAAAUGAAAGCGAUUUUUACGAGACCCGCGACGACCUCCGUGCCUUCUAUAAGGAAUGGAGCGGAGCUAGGGUGCACAGGCUGAGUGUCUUCGACGAUGGAGGAGGCAAAGCGCAGAAAGGAGCCAAAAAUAAGCUUACCGAAGACGGUACUGGCCAGUCACAAAGAGCAUCAAAGAAGAAGUGGACGAAUCCUAUCCUUCCAGAUGGCACGAGGAAAAGAGGAAGGCCGCCGAAGAAUUCAGACGCUGCUUCUGCUGCGCGACAGGGAAAGAAGGCCAAGAAAGACGCCACUGUUCCCCCUCAAAGCUCGGAAGCCGUAGAAGCUGACUCCCUUAACCAGGCAGCGACAAGUGUAUCUGGUGCAACGUUGGGAAGAGGAGUUAAGCGUAAAAGGGGAGAGGCUGAAGAGCCUGGAAUGAUGACUAGCACCUCUGGGCGUGAAGCGGAUUCGGCAAUUGUGCCUUCUCAAGGUUCGUCUAAAAUCCCGCAAAAGCGCAAAAGGGGUCGUCCACCGAAGCAAAAACCUACGACUGAAGUAGGGGUUGAGAGAGAUGAGAGGGACACAACAGAGGUACUGGCGUACCCGUUAGGGUCUACGACUUCGUUGCCCGAUGAAAUGCAUCCAGAUAGUAUCGGACAAGUCUCUCAAGCAGCAGGUGGAUCAGCAUCUCCUGGUGCCAGUACCUCUACGCCGGUUCCUGAGAAUCAUAGCCACCAGCAUCCUUCUGGAGAGUCAGAAAGCGUUCUAAGACCACAAACGAUAUCAGAUAAUGACCGCCUUGCCCCCCAGUUCGAUUCCCGUGCAUACCAUUCGACUAGCCCAGGAGUUACUGAGGUAGAUACUGCAGCUAGACUCUUGAUGGUACCGGAACCUUCAUCGAACGACUUAAUGGGUCAAACAGGCGGUAUAGAUGAAGUCACAAGGGCUAUUGCAUCGUUGGCAGCCCAGAUCAAUGACUCUAUUUCGUCUUCCCUGCCAUAUAACGAGGGCGAAGACAGUUCGGAAAUGCAUUUGACGGUCGUACAGCCUGUCAAAGCGGACGGUAAAAGCAAAGGCGGUGAAAGUAUGAUCAAGUCUGACGCUCCUGACAUAGUGGAAGGAACCGGGACGACAGGAAUGGUGACGGUUGCAGAGAACUCGACUGCAACACAUGCGCCUUCUGCACCGGACAACCUUGAGAAUACAGAUCCAUCGGCAUUGGUUUCAACUCAAAAACGAAUGAAAGGGGCUUCCGGUGAUCGCGAACGAGCUAACCUGUCGGCGAUGCGCCGCGAGAACGAGCUUGUCCAGCUGAUCGAGAAUUUGGGUGGGAUAGUAAACACGUCCACAAACGAAUUCCAAGCAGCAUACCUGGACUUCAUAGAAACUAUCAUCAAGGCAGGGGAAGGUGCCAGUGCUCCAGUUGGUACGAGGAUGGAUAAACGAACGCUGAGAUACAGUCUCGAUAAACUCGAAGCGAGUGGUCGAAUUAAGGUCUUUAAUACCAGUAUUCCAUACAUAACGGGCGGACAUCGCAAUGCGAAGAUAGCUUACUUGCCGACGGUGUCCGAGGAACGUCUACACGCAUACAUCGCUGAGCAUCGAAACGCUGGGAUAGUUGUUCCGCGUAGACAGGAGCAGAUCCGAGAACAAGCGAAGAAGGAAAUAGAAGAGGAUCCAAACAGUCCGCUUGGCCUUGCGCAUCGUUGGCUAUAUUUGACCAAUGCACACGAAAUAUAUCAAGAGCGAUGGCAUAGGAAUGUGGACCGAGCUCAGCAACUGCUUAGCCACUCUGACGAUGUUAUCCGGGAAGCAAUGCUUAUGGAGAAGCAGACUUUAUCACAACAGUACGGAUAUGUAACUGGAAAGGUCGCGCGCGCUCGGGAGCUGCAUCUCGGAUCCAUUGAACUCUUGGAACGUGAAAAUAGGUCUUCUUUCAUUAUAUCCCGUCAGCAUCGAAUCGUUGGUUGGCAAUUCUUCGAGAACGACAUAACCUUGGGUGUGUACUGCGCUUGCGUCUCCUCGACCGUCUUCCGUGAGGACAUUAGAGAUGCUAUCGCGACAACCGAAAGACGAAACAAACCGGUUAAAGACAUUCCUGACGAGUGGAAGCAAGCCUUGCAGAUUGGCAGAGCGAGAUCACGCGAGCGAAUUUCCGACUUGCUGGACUAUCUUUACUCGUUGAAACUGGUGGUUCCUCUUAGGCGAACAGAACGAGACGACUCUUCCAAAGUCCGAGACCCCAAAGCUGACGGAAACCCAGACUCUAAUGAUUUUGAACCUCUUCCUAGCGACUGGGCAUCCAGGAUCCCCGUAAUCCGACCUGAAUAUUGGCAAUUCUGCACCAACGCUCCUUUAUAUUUCUUUGCUCUUCAGAAAGAUCCUGCGCCUUUCUGGAAGACAGUCCCGACACUUUCCGGAACUGAAGCCGCGACAUUCUGGGAGGAGCUUAAGGAAGCUUCCUUGAACAAGAAACGUGCGGAAGAAGCUCAACACGAACUUUUGGCGUCCACGGUGCUUCAUGAUCCUUACAGCGGGGAGUACCGCGUUGCUAUCGCUCUCAGACGCUCAUCAUCAUGGACUUCAGAAUAUACAUUUUCGUGGUAUCAAGUACAGUAUCUAAAGCAAUUUAUCAACGUCCGCACUGGUAGCACACCGCUCGAUGAUGACGAACAAGGGGCAAGCCAUCUCGAAAGGAUAAGCCAUGUUAUAUCUGCACCGAUCGAAACUGUAAAAGCUUAUUAUGAAUCGUCUCGUGCAUCGACACAACGGGAUAUUGACAAGAUGAAGCAGAAGCAAAAGAAAGAGAAAGAGGAGAAAAAGGAGGCCGAGAUGAAGUCGCUUCUAGCACGAAAAGGCUUAGAAGCUAUCCGUAGUAGGGAAGCCGCGUGGGACGCCAUGGUAGAAAGGGUGCAUCCUGGACUAGUUAAAGGUGUUGCAGCAGGACGUCUUCGUAGACUCCGACAAUCUUAUGUUCGAGGCAACGUUGUACAAGACACUCAUCAGUGGGAGGUGCAAAUAUCUGAUGCGAUAAAGGCAGCUGAGAAGAUGAGGAGCAGCCGCAAUUUAUUCUCGAAAGCUCAGGUCGCUCGUGAAUUUGACAAAGCAAAACUUGGACCUCAUGCCACUAUCACUACCCCAGGCGUGUCCGUCGAAUCGCUCAUUGAUAUGCAGAAGGACCUGGUCCAUGAAAGUGGAAGAGACGAUGGUAGCGAAGUUACUGCUCCUACAAGUAGAAGCAAGAGUCAAAGGGACAAGGGCGCUGAAUAUGGGCGAAAGCGCCGCCAAAGAUUCCAAUGGAGUGCGGAAUACGACGAAUUGCUCCGUGACGCCUAUGUAAUCCUGCGUGCGCGCUGUCGAACUCAUUACAGGCUUGAAUGGACUGCUUUGGACCAGGUGUUCCCUUCCCUCCGGAAGAAUAGUGUUCGGGCGCGAUUGUUAGUCUUGAAGGAGCAACCUGGAGCGGAGGCAUAUUUACAUCGACUGGAGAAUUGCUGGCAUGACCUCUGGAUCAAGAACCGAGGCACGCCAGAGCUUCCGGACAGGAAUCCACAAAACCCCACCGAGUUCGAUCUUAAGGCACAUUUGGAAUAUUUGCGAGAGCAUGUGGAUAAGAACUCGAUACGGGUUGGUGUUUCUGCCCUUGAGGAAAAGGAGUACACUCCUUUAUCCGCGAGCAUGGAAGACUUCGUUUCAUCAUGGGUUGUGGAGGAACGAAAAGCGGCUCAUGACUCCUGGGAUUUUUUAACAAACUAUGCCUUAGGCGAAGAAGCUCGAGAAAAGCUGGUCUUGGAAAGCGCCUUCGUUGUGGAAAAUGUCGACCCUCCGAGCAAUGUCUCUCACUCCGAUCAGCUGAGUCUUGCGGAGUCUGCUUUGAAGAUGGUUAUCGGAACUCCCGACGAAUCGUAUGAUUCUAAUCGAGCUGCUGCGUUGUUACAUGGAAUAGGAGAAGAUGAAAUCUCAACAGCGAUGGAAAACUUGUUAUCGAGAAACGUGUUCUCAAAGAUGAACCGGGACCCAAGUCGACUGGUGCCUGGACGCACGGUCAAGAUAUCAGAGAUGAACCAGAAUGCUCUCAGUGGACCCAUUUCGAAGGACCUUUUUCUUGACGCCUCGCAACUGGAGGAAUCUUUUGAAGCAGCCAAGACCGACCAGUGGGAAUGGCCAUUCACGGCCACUGACGGGGACACGGCUGCAAUACUCCAGCUGUUUUCAGAUCAUAGAGCAGAAUUCGAAGUCGAUACCUCUCGCGCACAGGCUGCUCGUCCUGCUGUAGAAGGCAAUAGUAGGAAAGUCGACGAUGAUGACAUCGAACUAGGCGUGCAAAUCAAGUUGAGUGGGAUGGCGAGUUGCGAAAGCGAACAAGCGCAGUUGAACGACGAACCAGACUCGAUUGAGAUUGAAGAUACGCCUGGUCACGGAGCGACGGUGCUUGGUGAACAGGCUUGCUGUGGUAUCUGUUCAGACGGAGUCGUGGAUUGUUUGAAAUGCAUCGAAGAUGCGCAAACGCAGCUAAACAGCUUCUCGGAAAACGAUAAACAUAUUGCGGAGUCCAUUGUCCAAAAUGUUGAUGCUCGGUCAGAGCGUGGCAUCACGAUUGAGGAGCUAAAAGGUAUCGUUGCUGCUGCGGACGGAUCGCUAGCGAGCAUCAUUCACCAGCUGCACACAUCACGCGUGCCUCGAGUCUAUGUAACUGGUUACGACUCGACAUUUGUCGUAUCCGCGAAGUAUAUCGGUUCUUGGACGAUCACGCUACCAGGAGAAGACGGCCCUCUGACAAAAGUGUUCCCGAGGCGAUGGUUGGACAUAACUGGAGACCGCAUCUCGAUGGUUUGGGAGGCGGGCCUUCGGGCUGUUGUUGGGCUUGUUCAUUUAAGACCGGGUAUAUCUCAGGCGGAGCUUCGUUGGAGACUGAGGGCAGUGUAUGACCGCCGAGAAGUUAUCGACCUACUGAACCAUCUGAUGUCGAGCGGGACGCUGAAAGUUUUUCACGGAGGAUCCUGGCAACGACAGAAGAGUGUGUGCAUUGAUGCGCUAACAAAGGACGAAGAAACGACAGUAUUUUGGGCAGUGAACGAGGACAAACGAUGGUACCAUAUCUGACGGUUCCUGCGAUUUGUUUUUCGGAAGAGUGCAUAGUAAGGAAGUUCAACAAGAAGUAACCACACGCUGUCCAACACUUGUAGUUAUUCAUGUCAUUUAUUUUACAAUGUUUGCUUCCGUGUGGGAGGCGAGGCA